AUGCGGGCAGCCAGGGGCAAAGAGGGCGCCAGCCUCGCCCGGCCACGGAGGGCGGCGGUGCUCGGCCUCCUGGCCGCCAGCGCCCUACUCGCCCUGGCCCUCCAGAGCUUCCCGGGCGCUGGCCCCUGUUGGGGGGCGAACGGGACGCGGGGCUGCCCCCGGCCUGCCAGGCGGCCUCCCCCGGCUCUGCUGGACGAGCUGAGCCGGAGGCAGCGGGACCUGCUGCGCUUGGCCACGUCUGCCGGGGACACGGAGCUGGGGCUGAGCCGCGGCGGCCGCCUGGGCUGCGGGGACCUGAGCCGCGUAACUGAGCUGGGCGUCGUGGGCUCCGGCUUCACCAAGCUGGUGCUGCGAGCGGCGCUGCCGGGGGCCGGAGCCAUCGCCCUCAAGUCCGUGCACCGGGCCGGCAGCGACGUGAGCCGCUGCGUGCAGCGCUACGGGCACCCCGCCGGCUGCCACAGGCUGGCCAGCUACAAGCUGCUCAAGGAGGUGACCCUGCUGCAGCGCCUCGACCACCCCGGCGUCGUCAAGUUGCAUGGUCAGUGCUAUGAUAAUAGCUUAGACCCUGAAAUAAGGGUCACAGCUAUGCUGGAGCUGGGAUCCCCUCUGGAGAUGAUUCCGCUUCUGCAGACUCCCUGGGAGGAGAGAUUUAAAAUUUGCCUGAGUCUAGUGAAACUGCUGUUUUACCUGGCACAUUCCCCUCUGGGUUCAAUAGUCCUCUUGGAUUUCCAGCCAAGGCAGUUUGUUAUGGUGGAUGGAAACCUAAAAGUGACAGACAUGGACGAUGCCAGCACCGAGGAACUGUCAUGCAAGGAAGAUAAUGACUGCACACUAGACUUCCCUGGAAAAAGCUUCAUUCUCAAAUGUACUGCAGCUGGGAAAUGUGACGGACUAAAUGAAAAGAAGAAUCUUUUUAAUGCAUACCGGUAUUUUUUCACGUAUCUUUUGCCACACACUGCACCUUCUGCUUUGCGGCCCCUUCUGGGUGAUAUUCUGAACGCAACAGGUGAUUUACGAUAUGGAAUAAAUGAAACCCUAGGAGCUUUUGAAAAAGUUUUACAUUUGUACAAGUCUGGGCUAUAUCUACAGAAAAGGCUUCCUCUUUUAAAAGAAUACAUCACCCUAAAGGGAUUCCGAACCAUGGAAAUGCAGGACUAUAAAUGCUGGCCCUCCUACAGCCAUCUGGGAUGUUUGCUCUCCAUUUAUAAUGCAGAGGAAGCUGCAGCAAUCUGUAACUCUCAACCACAGUGCCAAAGUUUUAUUGUCACUCAACAGAGAACAUGGACAGGACGCCCACUCGCCUCAUUUCGAAGUAGCCUGACUGACUUAAUACCAGACGUCAAUGCUGUACUCUAUAUUAAACGAUCUGCUCCCUCGAGGGAAAGACUUUAA